AUGGCAAUUCUUGCAGGGGCAGUACAGCCCCCCCUCCUCACCCUCCUGUCCUCCACCUCGUCCCCGCCCCUUUCCCCGCUCUUCUUCCAAGCCAUCGACCCUUCUGAGCCCAGCUCCCUGAUCUCGAUAGUGGAUGACAGCGAGGAUGCCGAGGACUGUCCUCGAGAUUCCACCCAGACCAUAGUACCCAAGAACAGACCACGAGGCUCAAUAUCACAUCCUGUGAUCCAUAUUCAGUCGCCCGACCCUCGAACAACCUAUAUCCAGGCAGGCUGCUUUCUUGAAUCAUCUAGAGCUUCUCAUGAGCAUGACGACAGGUAUCGGCCUCUGGGGGUGGAACUGCCCUGGGUAGGCUUUCAGAUAAAGCGGCUGGGACAACGAGAUCUGAGCUUGGAAGUGGGUGUCGUCGAUGCAAAAGGCCGGGAAGGCAUCAUCCGGCUAUCGAGCUUCAAAACGGAGCCGUCGAUACACCCCUGUCAUACGCCGCCCCUCAUCCACCUCCCUCUCAACUUUCCUCCCUCCGAGUCUCUCGUAACACCGUGGCUACAUAUCCCCCUCAACUUGGUAUCUUUGUUACCACUGUUUCAGUCCCUUCCUCGAGACUCUACAGAUAAUGACGGUGGACAAGGAGGAGCGAAAAAGAAGAGGAGAGCGGAAAGCGAGCUUCCGAGCGGUAGCUUCAAAAGCGUCAGCUUUGUGAAAGUGUAUGCUAAUUGCAGAGUAAGACGUAUAUGGUUUUCGGCCGAGGGCGAGAAGACGCUGGCAAGCAUGGGCAAAGGGGUCGAGGACGAGUGGGCGUUGUAUGCGGCAGACUCGGCAGCGUCAUUAUAG